GCCCGUUAGCCUGUCCCAACCAGUUGCCCCAAACCGCAGCCAUGACGGGUGUCGCGCCAGUGACGGUGGAUUCGGAUGCUCCGAAGAGCGCUCCUUGGGAUACCUUGAACUUGUUCCUCACCGCCUUCCUGUUGACCCUCGUGGUGGCCUUGUGCGUGGCCUGGCUCAGCGUGCUCCCGGACGGCAGCUACGGAUGCCUCGAGGAGAUGUCCAAGCCUGAAGUAAAGUGCUACAACUUGAUCAUGGCCUUUGGGUCAUCCUCGUUGAUGCUGUGGCACUACUUGGACUCGGAUCCCAUGCUGGUGCGCUACACCGUUCUGGGACGCCCGGAGUUUCCCGUGGUGCAUCGGGAGUUCAUGGGCCUCAGGCGUUGGUCCACCUUCACCGCCUGGAGCAAUUUCAGCUGCGCUGUCUUCUUCUGCUGCGCAGCGGCGCUGGGCUGGAGCGCCACCGCACCCCGGGCCCUCUGUGUCGUAACACAACUUCUUUGGGAACUGAUGUUUCCUUUGGGAUUCUUCGUGAACAUUGUGGUGAGCUUCGUGUUGAUUCCGCAGAUCAAGAAGAUGCGCGACUGGCAGAAACUGAAGCGAAUUCUCCGGCCGAAACCGCAGCUCUUACACAACGGCCUUGCGUUGGCGGGUGCCGUGGAAGCCAUGUUGGCGACGCCUCCUUUGCUGCUGAUGCAUUUUCCUGUGUUGGUGCUGUUCGGUUGCAUGUACAUCAUCUUCGCCUGGCCACCUGUCGAUCAGCCAUGGAGCGCUGAGGCGCGUGCGGUGUGGUGUGCUGGUGAAAUCGGGAUCAGCGUGACAAAGAAGGUGAUGGAGGCCCUCCGAGAGAAGCGCUUCUUCGGCCUGGCCUUUCGCGCGGCCCGGCCGUUGGUCCCCGCGCGGUCCCGCUCAGGUCGCGAGUCUUUUGGUGAUGCACAGCCUAGUCAUCUCUCAUUGCCAGAGCUUGCUGAGGGACCCUACUUCAUCCUAGCGAUGAUGCUCGAUGCACACACUCUGUGUCGCUCUGAUGCGACCUGCCGGCUGCUGCGCCAGUUGAACCGGGCCAAUGCUGGGCCCUGGCGCGCGCUGGGCGGGCGCAUGUUCCACGGCAUGGAGUUGGAGAGGGAAGGCAUUUUUGAAGCAGUCGAGGAGAUGGUGACUCCAACAGAAAGUGGUAGAAAGCAUGCCCGAGUCGAUUGGAAAGGCAGGUAUCUCAAGUUCAGAAACGAGGUUCCUACGUUUCGCCUUCCAUUCAUGGGUGGGCAGAUUAAACUCAUCCGUACUCCCGACGACGUAGCAUACUGCAAAUGUCGCCUGCGGGCGGAUCUUCUGUGUGCUGACAGUCAGCGCGGAGUCUAUUUGGAAGUGGAUGUCGUGUCCAACCCAGACAAUUUGAGCCUGGCAGUGGUGGACUUCGAGUCGGGCGGCCGAAGUAGCGUGACCUUCAGCCCAGACACCGGUGCAGUGAUUCGAGAGAAGAAACUCCAAGAAUCUCCCAGUGCGGCCUGGAAAGCAAUCCUUACCUUCCAGAUGCCUAUCCCGUCCUGUCUGAUGAAAUCCCCCUACAACAGCCUCGUUUUCGCGAGCGCUUCGGUUUCACGGCCGAUGGACGAGAAGGACAUUAAAGUUGACGAGGAAGAGGAGCUAGGUGAUGAUAGCGAGGACGCAGAUCGACCUGUGGUGAACUUUUGGGAUGAUGAAGAUAGAGGAUAUUUUCCAGACACCGUGCCUCGAAGAUGCACGGAUGUCUGUUGCAUUCCCAUCUAUUUGGUGGCCUUGAGCUUCUUCGUGGUCAUCUGCGUCUACGGUGCUAGCCAUGGCUUGGAGCACUCGCCUUGGCUGCCGCGGGACUACAAAUGGCAAGCCUGUGGACAAGGAGAAAAUUUGGGCCGAGAGUACCUCUAUUUUUGCAUUGACACCUUCUUUACCAGUGCUUAUCUCAUGGACGAAAAGAAGAUUAACACCCGUUACCCCCUCUGCGUCUCGGAGUGCCCUAGCACUUGGGGGUCAGAAAUUGACUGCUACAUCGGCAACAACACCUGGGACCUGUUGCCCACCUACAAGACGCGUCCUUUUGAUAAGGUUUGUGAGCCCAUUGAAGGCACUGCAGGCAAUUUGAUCUACCGAGAGAUCUUCCUUUUCUACCUCUAUCACAGACCUUGGGCCUUUUGGAAAACUUUCAUGUCCCGCGCGUAUCCAAUCUGUGCUGGCACCGCUGUGUGUACCCUGCUGCUGGCCGUCAUCUAUGUCAUGUUCGUGGCACGCUUCGUUCGGGAGAUCAUUUGGAUAGGAUUGCUUUGCACGGCUUUACUUCCACUGGGCGUGAGCCUCCACCUCUUUCAGUGUCAUUAUGGUGGAUCCUGCGGCUACAUCAUUCCCGAAAAACCCUUGGCCUGGGUUUGCGUAGCGCUGUCCGUGCUCUUGUUGAUUGGCAUUUGCAAUGCUGCCAUCGAAAUUCAGAAGGCCAUCGUUUGCAUGCGCUGGUCGUGCCACUGUGUGACCAGCGUGAAGUCCUUAAAAUUGGUGCCGCUCUUGCGCACCAUUUGGGAAUGCUCGGUGGUUGUGAGCCACGUCUAUGUGUUGGUAUGCAUUUCCUCCAUGGAUGCUAUGGAAGGUGACAAAAAAGGGCCUGAAACUACAUUGGGAAAAGCCGGCUGCAUUGCGAUGGUCGUAUUGAUGAUGAUUUGGCAUGUUGGGAUUGCUCAUCAGAUUUCGAACUUGGCAAUGAUUUACACAGCUCAGACAUGGUUUUUUCAAGGCGGGAUGAGCGCCCAUCAACAGUCUGCGCCCUCCGUUGCGUACGGUUAUUGGAUCGCUUUCCGGUAUCAUUUGGGCACGUGCAUCUACGCUGGUUUGGUAAUUUUAUUGAUAUCUCCGAUCCGGCUUCCUUUGAAGAUCUUGACCGGUGUGAUGCAGUCGAAACAGAAUAAUCCAGUAGGACUUUUGCUGUGGGUCUGUUUCAGCUGCGUCGAAGAUUGUUUUUACAACAACUUGGAGGGCCUUUCUUCCCACUCCAUCUAUGACACGGUGCUCCAAGCGAACGACUGGUGCCUGGCUGUGACGCACUCCACGGCGGUGAUCUACGAGGACAGCGGGGGCGCCGUCGGCCGUGUGCUGAAGGAGGCCACCUGGAUCUUUGAACUCGCCGGCAUUGGCCUCUUUGCAGGGGCGACCUACACCACCACACAGGUGCUUAUGAGGCAGGUGCCAUACUUUACUGACCCUGGGAGUGACGGCUUCAUCGCACUGCCCUACGCUGCGUCAUGUUUGUGCGUCUUUGUUGCCGUGAUGUUCAGCUAUCCAUUUAUGGAUCUCUUCCGCCUGGUCUCCGACUGCAUCCUCUACUGUCGCACGGUGGAGAAGCAGAGACAUCGGCUCCCGGGCUCCGAGGAAGACACCCUGGUGGCCGGCUGCGCCGAGGACCUGGCAAAUGCCAUGCAAAUGUUGCUGUGUAUGGAUGGACGUCACGGGACGCGAGGCUCGUGAUAUCUCGUGAUUCUGCACUGAAAAGGUCGGACUUGGGUUUGGUCAGCUCCACAGCUGCGAGGUGGUGCGAAAAUCAAGGAAGUCACCCCUGGGCUUUGUUUUUUGUUUUUUCCUAACAUGGU